AUGCAUUUCAAAAGUGCUGUUCUCCUUUGCGCGUUGUACUUCGUAGCCAAGACACAGAGCAUUGGAUUCGACCAGAGAGAAAUCGAAGAAUUAAAUGCUCUGUUUAUUCAGCACAAAGAUCCUAUAACGGGUAUACUUCCUAACGAUGUGAUUAAUAGUUACUUAAAGAACGUGGGCUAUACAGGCGGUGUCGAACAAUUUAAAGAAGGAUUUGUGCUUAACAAUGAAACCAUGCCGGACUUUUUGAUAAUGCUGGCCGAUCAUAUUAAGAUACCUGACAGCUUGAUGCAAGUAUGUUUAACAACAUAUGAAGUAAGACUUUUUGUGGGAUGGUUCAAAGUACAAAAUGAAAGAGGUAAAAAAAACGGGCAUCUUACCGGAGCUGAAAUAUAUGACAUACUUAAUGACCAGCCUAAAAUAAUUAAGAACUAUAAUAAUACUAUAAAGACAGAAUUUAAAGAUGAAAACGCAAUAAAUGUACUACAGUACUUGACGGCAAUAAUGAAACAUAAAAAAGAAAACUUUCGUCAACACCUGAACAAGAAGCAGAUAGACAAAUGCCGCGCUUUGUAUGACAGUUCUAAAGAUCACCUUGAUAGUGUUAAACAAAAAGCCUUAUUUAAAUCGUUAAAUCUUGUUUCCGAAGAGUAUGAUUAUUUAUUGGAUUUCGAUCACGUCCGACCCGCCGCUCAUGAGCUACAAGAGCUUUUGGUAUUUUAUUCGGAAUAUGAUGAGGAUUUCGACAGUGAAGCACCUUUUACAACUAACGUUGGGCAGUUUAUGUGGGAAUUCGCUAAACUGUAUGACAAAAACCAUGAUGGUUUGCUCAACAUUCAGGAGGAGCUUUUAAAAUUCGCAAAAACUUAUACCACAGAAUCUUUUUACGGCAAGAUUGAAGCCUUUUUGGAGGAGUUUCAUCCUGACCGGUCUCGUCCGAUGUGCCCUGCUAUGUUCAUGGAGAUGCAAAUAACUUUGCAGCCAGAUUACAACUCGAUGGAUAUUAGCAGAAUUGUAAAUGACAUGUGGAGUAAAAAGAGAAAUACAUAG